UCAGACCAUGAUAGUCAAGAUUUUCUUUGUUCUCUCAACAAUUCUCCUUUCCUCCGCCUUUGCAGGCAGAAAAGGGGAGUUGGUGUCCCUCAUACAGGUUUAUAGACAUGGUCAAAGAAGUCCAAUUAAGUUCUACCCAAAUGAUCCAUAUCAAGAUAUCAGUUAUUGGAAUGUUACGGUUGGGCAGCUAACUAACACUGGUAAAUUGCAACAUUACAAGCUGGGGCAGUACACGCGCAGGAGAUAUAGCGAUUUUAUACCGAAAUACUAUUCCAAUGAAUUUUUCCGUGUUCAAUCAACAGUUGUGAAUCGAACCUUCAUGUCAGCGGCAUCCAACGUUGCAGGACUUUUCCCACCUGUUGGUUACCAAGUGUGGAACCAAGAUCUUCAAUGGCAGCCGAUCCCAGUCUUUCCAAUCACCGAUGGUGUAUUGAUCGGUUCUACAACUUGCAACGCUUACAGCACGGCUUCCUCGGAAGUGUUAACCAGUGACGAAUACUUCGUGAGUGCUUUGGAGGAAAACCAAGACCUUUUGGCAUAUCUAAGUGAGCAUACAGGAAACAAUGUCACCAGUUUAUCUGGCAUUUUUAUGAUAUGGGACGCCUUGGAAAUCGAAUAUCUUCGAGGUUACACCUUACCCGAGUGGACCGAGUCAGUUUUUCCAGAACCACUUACGAGUCUGGCAUCACUGUCGUUUUUGGCCAACAGUUACACUGAAGAGCUAAAGAUCCUCUGCACCGGGCCGUUCUUCAACGAGCUCAUAGAACACUUCGAAGGGAUUUUGGCAAAUUCUACAGAUCCACCAUAUUUGCAGUUCAGUGGUCAUGAUACUAACCUAGCGGCCAUUUUAGAUUCUUUGGGAGCGUCCCCAUCUUCCGUUCCAGGUUUUGCUAGUACCAUUUAUUUUGAAUUGCGACAAACAAGGAGGAGGGAUUAUAUUAACAUCUACUACAUCGAUGUUUCUGGUGGGGAACCUGAACCCAUCACUUUAGCCGGUUGUGGAUUUGACUGCGAUUUGCAGGAUUUUAAGAGUAUUUUGAGCAAUCGCACUAUUACCACCGACGAAUGGGCUGAACUUUGUAACGCAUAACAUAAUUCCUUAUUUUAAAUAUGUCAUUUUAAUAUAUUUUAAAUGUAACAGUAAUUUAAAUUAUUUUAUAUAGAUGCAAACAAUCACACAUUUGUCUUUCUUUAACACAUUUAUAAUUGCAGAACUAAAUAUAUUAUUAUGUACAUGUUUAUAAGAAAUGUUAUUCAUGAUGCAAUAAAAGUAUUAGCAAUA